ACGUCCGUCUAUCAUUAGUUUAGUAUUUGGUGUAUUAUACCCAAUUUGUAGCACUAAUGGAAACGGAUAAAAUUUAAUUUUAACUUUUAGGCCACGGACGCGGUAGCUAACCCCAACCAGGAAAUAAACGAACAUCAUGUGGUACAGCACUCACUGUACGUAGUCAAAGAUAACGUUAACAUUGUAAUAGGGCCUCACUUCAUUUUAAAAUUUCGUGUCAAAAUACGAGACAACGUCUAAAGUUGAGCCGUCACAAUUACAUUCUCCGAAAGCUCAUUGAGCAUGCGCCUGUUUCCACGGACCGUUUUUACCCGGUUGUGGACACACAUACAACGAAACGUUGGUUGCACACAUCUACACUGGCUGACGGCAGACGCGCACACAUAAAUAACUUCCAGUCGUCUAGAAACGCACACACUAAUAUUUCUUAUUCGUACGCUCUUCACGUACUACGGGUAUAACGCACACAUGCGAAUUUCAACCCUGGCGAUGCUGGUAGUACAUUAGUUCGCCGAAAGGUGUCGGUGUCGUCGGACGUCCGUGUUCCCGACGCUUCGCGAGUCGGCAGUGAGUGAACGACCGUAAAUCGGAAAAUGCGCGGGUGAAAAAAAAAAAAAUUGUUUUGCAAACUGAAAAUUUAACACAUCGUCGAAUCAAAUUGUGAACUCAAUAAUAAUAGUGAAGUGUGGUGAGGUUAGUGUUAAAAUAAAUAUUUGAAAAAAAAAAAAAACGUCCAGAAAGUUUUUUCACGUUUGGAAAUAGCGUUUUGUCAAUGAGAUAACUUUGAAGAUCAUGAAUCUCGUCAAUGAAAAAGGGCGUAAACAACCUACGAUCCUAUACAACGAAUGGAUGCGGCAUAGCUGAGCCAUGGGUCUAAGGGCGAUCCACUACCGAACCAUGAAUAUCAUUAGCUACAGAAUCAAAGUCGGUGUUGCUGUCAUCGUUAUAAUGGUGUUGGGGUUUUUUAAUGAGAGUCAAGUUGUUGCAGGUACAGCCCACUACGGAGAAGAUAGUGUGGGUUCCUUUCCGUACUUCGAGUACAACGUACCGAGGAAUGUGACCACAGUAGUCGGACAGACCGCCUUCCUCCACUGCAGGGUAGAGCAACUAGGGGACAAAGCUGUCAGCUGGAUCAGGAAGAGGGAUCUCCACAUACUCACGGCUGGGAUUUUGACUUACACAUCCGACCAGAGGUUCCAGGUUAUUCGGCCUGAGAAGUCAGAAAAUUGGACACUGCAGAUUAAAUUCCCACAGGAGAGAGACGCCGGGAUAUACGAGUGCCAAGUCAACACGGAACCAAAGAUGUCUUUGGCAUUUCAACUUAAUGUCGUUGAAGCAAAAGCACACAUCCUUGGCCCAGCAGAUCUGUACGUUAAGACAGGAAGCUCCCUGUCUUUAACUUGUAUCCUAAGUCAAGGCCCACACGAUCUGGGAACCAUAUUUUGGUAUAAGGGAUCAAACCUAAUAGAAUAUAAGGAAGUCGAGGAGAAUGAAGUUGCUGAGGAGCCCAGACUUCAUCUUAAAACGGAAUGGACGGAGCAGCUCACGUCCAGGUUGAGGAUAGACAAGCUAAUGCCAGGUGACAGCGGAAACUACAGCUGCGUGCCCACUAUGGCGGAAGCAGCUUCUGUGAACGUUCACGUCAUAAAUGGUGAGCACCCGGCAGCAAUGCAGCACGGCAACGCCAACACAGCAUCACCGUGUGCUCUAUCCGUUAAUCUUCUCAUCUCCCUAUACUGCACUUUAGCCACUAUAUACACGAACACAAUCGAUGGGCUUAGAUGAAAACCAAAUAAUAAAUCCGACAACAUUGGGUAAUGUUGUUGGCUUUGUAUGAUGAAAGCUGGUAAAUAUUUAGAAGCUUGGGAUUUAGUUUCAAAUGCUAUUUGUGAGUUUUUUUUUUGUUUGGGAAACAACACCAUAACCCUAAAUCAAUUUUCGUACCAGCACUAAAACAGUAAAGUUACAAAAUUUAUGUAUAAUGUUUAAAAAUACCGGUGAGAAAGUAAAGGGUAUAACAAUAAACGGUAAAUCGGAGAUCAAUUAUUAAAUAGAAAUACGAAAAGGGCCUUUUUUGAGAGUGAUCUCACAACAUAACAAAACAGUGUACAAUGCACCCUACGGUACAUUCAGCAGCAUUCUGUUAGUCGCGUUUCCGAUCCGGUGGUAGAUUCUGCGAAGCACUGCUCUAGUUAGGGCCAGUGUUAGCAACACUCCCGGUUUGAGCCCCGUGAGCUCACCUACAUGUCACCUACAUCUGAAAUAGCCUCGUAAGGCUAUCAGCAUAGGUAGGGAAAAAAAAUUAACUAAUGAAAAUGGUUACGCAGCUUUUUCAGGCUCAUCGAAAUCUACCCGCAAUUAACAGAUGUUAAAAAAAAAUGUGAGCCGUCACGGGACGCCUGGCAGAUGUGAAACAUCGACAUUAUUUUGUAAAAGUAAUAUGCAGAAAAGAACAGAUUGUGAUAGGAACUAAAUAUGUCAUAAUGAUAAAAUAAAAUAUUACGAAUAAAUAAUUUGUUUUCAAGUAAAACACAGGUUAUGUGUACUGUAGUAAACAACACUGUAUACACUACGGAGUCUUCACUAUAGGUAUCCAAGCUCAGUGUAGCGAGAGAGAUGGCUUAACGCCGGAUCGAGUGGGAGAGAAUUGCACAGUCGAUUGCGCAUGGCGACGUGUCGCCACGGCAUGCGUCGCCUCGCCAGAAAUCGUUUUACGUACGACUAUAGAUGUUUCACAUCAAAAUAUCUGUUGACUGUGACUGCAGGAUGGUUUUUAGGAGGAGCUAAAUCUAUAUUUUCUAUCGAUAUUUAAGUGCUGCCAACGAAAUUUCAUCACUGCUCCCAAAAAUUAACACUGACUGUAUCGACAGUUUUCUCGUGGUAGUUUUACCACUCUCUCAUUACUAUCUCUCUCGCUCAAAUUACACUUGUAAUUAUCAAAUACUUUCAAUGAGUUUCGAAUUCCAUUUCCAUUCGAUUAAGGUUCAAAUUCCAUAACUUCAUGAUCUUUACCAGCUUCCAUCAAAAAAAUCACUUUCUGAAACUGUAUAGAAGAAUAAUAUUAGUGUUUUGUAUUUAAAAUAGAGUUUAUAGAAUUUAAGUAUUUGUUGUAUUUUAAGUAAUUAAAAUAUUUAGUGUAUUUAUUAAAUCUUAUUCAAACUGAGCACCGUGAGUUUUAUGAUACGUAGUUAUAUUCUUUACCAAUACGUUUCCUCGCAUUUAGUUCACUUACGAUAACCUAAAAUAUUCAAAUUUAAAAAAAACGUUAGACAAAUCAGAGUUUUUAAAAUAAGUUUCCUGUUGUUAAUACUUUAUAAUACUUUUAAUGCAUAUUAUUAGCGUUAUUUGUAAAUUUUGAAGAGCCCUUACAUAUUUAUAUUUUUUUGUUAUAGACCAGAACUGUGAGAAGUCCUUCUUCUUUAAACAAGGGCUCAAAAGACCUUAGAGAACAGUAUGAUUUUUACUUUCACUGACAUCCCUAAAGACGCGCGAAAUGUAUUUAGUUUCCAAACUGCUUCAAAACUAAGUGAUAUAUUUUUGUUUUUAUUGUUACUAAUUAUUAAUUAAUAAAAAAAACCUUUUGAUCUCAUUUGAGAAAGGACCUAUUGUAUUUGAUUCGUCAACUAUCCACGUAGCCUGACAUAUAAAUACGAGCAGUGUACUGCCGUGUUUUCUGUCGUGAAGCAGUAAUAAUUUCGGUUUGAAGGGCGGGGCAGCCGUUGUAACUAUACUGAGACCUUAGAACUUAUAUUUCAAGGUGGGUGGCGCAUUUACGUCGUAGAUGUAUAUGGGCUCCAGUAACCACUCAACACGAGGUGGGCUGUGAGCUCAUCCACCCACCUAUGUAAUAAAAAAAACGAAUAAAAAAAUAUAUAUAUAAUGUCCCCCGGAUAUCGUGAGCUUACACAUGAAGCUUUGGCUGUUCUGUCAAUGUCUCUUAACCAUUCAUCCGGGGUGAAUGAUUGGACACCCGCUUAUUCAAUUCAAAUUUCAAUGUCAAGUAUCAAACAAUAUCUAAUGUUCACUUAACAUAGGGUGUGCAGAAAAUUCAAUUGAAUACUCAGUGUGAUUUUUCUUAACAACGACCUAAGCCUUAUUUUUAUUUGUACACAAAAAUACCUAUUUUAAUUGAUAGGCUUUUAAAUUGAUUGAAUAAUUAUUAAGUUAUUUUGUUUUUGUAUACAAAUCGGCUUCGGAAAUAUUUAGUUUCGCUCUAUAACUCUGAUUCUCCAUCACUUUCUAACCAAUUAAUAAAUAAAUAAAUAUGUAUGACAGCAACAGCAACAAAAUCAAAUGGCCCCUAACACUUUCGUAGCGCAUAGUAAAUUAUAUAUAAUUUAAUUUAAUCAGAACAUAGUUAUUAAUUAUUUAGUAAAUUAAAAGAAGUUGUAAAAUAUCUGUAAAUAACAAUAAAAAAUGUAAAUAAAUUUAGUUUUUAAAUAUUACUCGUUUUUUGUUUGGUUAUUCCAUUAAAAAAGCAAUAAAUGUAUUAUAGACUCUAAUCAUUACGAAAAUAAGGUUUAUUUUAUAAAGAACCGAUAUGGAAUGUAGAGACAGGUAAAUUAUGUAAUUACAUGAUGAUUUAUUUAUGUCGAAAUUUUGACAAAUAAAGUUAGCAAAAAACGA